AUGUCUAUCCUUCGACUCCGAUCCGCUGUCGCUCCCCUCUCUUUCAAGCGAUACGCUUCUACCAUCUCCGUUCAAUCUACCAGGUCAAAUUCUAGCGGAGCAGUACUUGGUAACAUAGAGGCAUCAUGGAAAGGACUCAGUGCCGAAUCACAAUACGAGGUUUAUCAACAACUCGAACAAAUCCAAAAGAAAGACUGGAAAGAAUUGACUGUAGAUGAGAAGAAAGCCGCCUACUUCGUUGCAUUUGGUCCUCACGGUCCUCGUCAACCUACGCUUGAGAAAGGUCACGGGAUCACUGUCUUCUUAGGUGUUGCUGCUUGUGUUGGUGCUGCUUACGGUACCCUUCUUUACGCCCGAUCUCAAGCUCCUCCUCCUCCUAAGACCAUGACAAAGGAAUACCAAGAACAAAUGACCGAAUAUGCUCGAUCACAAAACAUGAACCCUAUCUCCGGUGUAUCAUCCGAGGGUUACAAGGGCAAAGGAUACGUGCAAUAG